ACAAAAGUAAAAACAGAUUUGUCUUUUUAGAAUAGAUUCUAGAUCUAGAGUCUAGAACUUUAUUAAUAAUAGGAUCUAGAGAUUAGAUCUUAAUCUAAUUCUUAGAUGUUGUUUUGCAUUCGACUAACAUCCAUUCUGGUACGAUCAGGAGCAGACGUUAUUGUCCCAAACACACACGAGUUACCUACCCUAACCCAAGCAAGCUAAACCAGUCUCAGAGUUGCAGUCGUUGUGCCAGAAGUCUGAAGACAAUGAAUACAGAACUCAGAGCUAUAGUUAUGAGCGGGCCAUCAGGUGGUGGUAAAAGCACUCUUCUCAACAAGCUCUUUGCAGAGUUUCCUGGUUGCUUUGCAUUUAGUGUUUCACACACUACAAGAAAACCAAGACCUGGUGAAGAAAAUGGUGUAGCAUAUCAUUUUGUUACUCAUGAAAAAUUUAAAGAACUUAUCCAGAAAAAUGCCUUCCUUGAACAUGCAGAGUUUUCUGGAAACAUGUAUGGAACGAGUUUACAGUCAGUGAAAGAUAUCAGUCAGUCUGGCAAGCUUUGUGUUUUAGAUGUUGAGAUCAAUGGUGUUAAAAGUAUAAAAAAGUCUGGCCUUACACCUGCACCACGAUAUAUUUUUAUUGCACCGCCAAGUUUAGAAGUAUUGAAACAAAGAUUGUUAGCUCGGAAUACAGAAACAGAAGAAAGUUUACAGAAACGCCUUGACACAGCAGAAGAAGCUUUGAAUUAUUCCAAAGAGAAAGGUGCCUAUGAUCAUGUUAUAGAAAAUAAUGACCUGGAUAUAGCUUAUGAAAAGCUGAAAGGGAUAUUAUUUGAGGACAUUAAAAAAGUUCAAGAUAACUUGAGGAAAUAAGAAACAAAUAGUUACGUUAAUUUUUGUUGAGAAAAUAAAUAGAUAUGUUUUUGUUGAACUUUAAAAAGUCCAAUCUGUAUUUACUACUGCUACUUUAUAUGUAAAGCACUAACUUAAAAAACAAAAGCACAGCUCAUGGCAACUAGUUUUUUUUUUAUCUUUUAAGUAUACACCUAACUAUUUAAUUGUAUUUUUUUUUAGAUUUCAAUUUGUAUCACCAAUAUAUUAUUUCAAAGCAUUUCAGAGACAUUUUUUACUAUAACUUAUUUCCUUUUGAAAAACUUUUCUUUCUGACUUUCAAUGUGGCUAUUUCUUACCACAUGCAAAUUGUAAUUCAUGAUCAAAUGAUUUGAUUUGUUAGACAAAGCUGCUACUUUUGAAGAUUUUUUUUACAUUGGUACACAUGUCUCAUAUUACAGUUUUCAUACUUUGACUCUUUCCUGAUUAUCGUCAACCAAAAAAGAAAUUGUAGCAUGAAGAGAGCACAAUUUUCAGACAUUAUUUGGCCCAUUAAUUUUUUAGAGCUCCCAGUUAUGUUGAACUGAAACAAUAUUAGUUGAUUUUUUUAAAUUAUUUUAUGGAAUCUCUUACAUAUAUGAUAUAGCUCACAAUAUGAUGUUUUUUGUUGACGUGUUUAUGAUAGUGCACAAUUGUAUCUUAUUAUCUAAGAAAUAGCAAAAUGAAAGAUCACAUCUCUGUCUAUGCACUGUUACAUUCUGUGAACAUUUAAUACAAUGUUACUGUUAUAAAUGUUAUCUGUGAUUAUCAACUUAGACAUUUUGUAUUCCCUAUGUACUUAGUGAACAUUAACUACAGUGGAGACUGCACAACAUUGGAAUAUCAAAGAGCAACAGUUGACAAGGUUAAACGUGGAGUUACUUAUUGUGUACCAGUAGCAUAAAUUCUUCAUCUUUCCUUUGCAUUCCUUGUGGAACAUAACCCUGAGUAAAAACAAGCCCACUCUCCAGGGUCUCUCUUGCUAGUUUUUUAAUGGCCUCUCAGCUCUUUCCUGUCUUUAAGUAGCAUAAAUUACAUUAAGCCUUUUAUACAAAUGUACUGAACAUCAAUAGUAUUUUGUUAGUUUUUUUGUGUCUAUUAUGUUGAUCGACAUGCUCAGAUGUCAUGCUAACAAUGUCCAUCUUUGACAGCAAAUAAUUUAAGCUUUUUUUUUUACAUUGCGGGACUAUUUUUGUGUGUCUUGUUUGAAAUUAGCAAUAUAUUUGUUAUUCUAGAUGUUAAUUUCACAGUGAUAUCACUUGGAAUAAAAGAACUCUGCCAAAUGUUGCUAUAUCUAUAUAUAUAUAUGUGCACAUAGGUCAAAGAAUGUACUGUUUUGUAUUAUAACUGAUGAAAAUAAAGGUGACAAGUUAAUAA